AUGGAAUCAUCUUUAGUAUUAGUGUGUGAACAGGCUGAACAGUCACAAGAAAUUCUUUACCAAGGACUUCUUAGUUUUCUUCACAGAAUGGCAAGGCUAUGGAUUCAUAUCGAGAAAAAGCCAAGAGCUGAAAAAUUUUGUAUUGCGAGGGGAAAUCCAGAACUUGACGAAAUUGACUUAAAUGAUAUCAGCUCUCAACUUAUCCUCUUGUUGUGCGUUAUCCCUUAUCUGACUCUCAAGUUAUUGUUUGCUGCAAUUUAUUCAUAUCAUUGUUCAAAGAAAUUUAUUUACACAACAGUGGUCUUUGUCAAAAUAAAAGAAAAUCAAAGAGAUAGAGAUCAAGAACGAGUUUGCCUUAAUAAAAUAGUAGGAAAAAUUACAUCUUUAGAAGGCAGUGAUGAACACGCAAUUAGUCUUUCUAUUCGAAUUAGUGGUGAAGUUCUCAAGAAAUUUUUGCAUCAGGAGGGAUCUUUUAUAGCCGAUGUUCGUAAAUUUAAAAUAGACCUGGAUCCUUCAAUUACUAGAGAGGAGUUCAAAUUACUUAUUGAUGAACUUGAGAAAAAGAGUUGUACUUUUAAAUCUGUUGUUCGUAAUGAAUCAACCUGCCGAGAGUUCAUUUCUGCUUUUAUGACUACAGCUAUAAAACAUGUUCAAUCAAUAGAAGAAAGACUUGAGCUCAAAGCUGAAGAGUGGCUUGAUAGAACCUAUGACUAUAAACCCACUGACUAUGCUAUUUACGUUGAGAGUAUAAUUGCAUUAGUUGCAGAAGUUAAGAAAGAAGAUUUCGAGAAAGGAGCCGCCUAG